AAUGGAGCCAGAAGCCUUAGAAAUAUGUCCUUACGACCCAAACCACAGAAUGCCAGCCAGCAGGUUACAGUAUCACCUGGCAUCAUGCAGAAAGAAAAAUCCAAAGAUAGCUAAAAAGAUGGCUAACUGCAAAUACAACGCUUGUCAUGUGGUCCCAAUCAAAAGGCUUAAGGAGCAUGAGGCUAACUGUGUCAACAGAACGUCUGUGGAUGAUGAACCAUUUAAUCUUCCAAAGUUUACUUGCUCAAGUUUGGAAUCAAACGAGGAACUUCCUAAUGCUAGAAAUCAAAUCCCUGACCCCGACAUCUGGAAUGUAGAUUCCGUGCCUCAUUUUCCAUCAUUUGUUCUUAAGGCUUUUGCUCCAAAGAUGCUGGUCUGUGAAAGUGAUUCAAAAGACCUGAAAGCAAUGACUGAUAAGCAGGCUAACAAGUGUAAGUCCUGA